AUGGCGUCGCCGGCGAGUGCGACGGGCGGCACGGAGCCCGUCGUGCUCAUCACCUACGCGACACACUCGGUGCCCUCGGCAGCCACGCAGGCGGAGCAUGUCGUCUCCCUCCUGCGUGCGCACCUGCCCCUGCACAACCUGCUGUGGCGGCCGUCGGCGGCCGUGCAGUGCCUGCGGCCCGAGGCACGUACGGAGGGCUCGGCGUCUGUGCCGGCGAUCCGCACGCUGCGGGAUAUGCCCGUGCAACUCGUACCUCUGGCGGCGCACGACGCGUCAGACAAGCGCGUACCGCUGCUGUACCGUCUCCCGCCUGUGCACCUUUUUUUCGUGUCGUGCGACGACAGCGAUCUGUACCGCGCGCAAGUCCGCAACGAGAUCCGUCAAUGGAUAGCCGCACUGCCCCACCACAUGCCGCACGACUACGCGGGGCUGCGUACGACUGUGGAUGGCGGGCGCGACGUGCCUGCGCACCUCGUGCCCGAGUACCUGAUUGUGCUGCUGCCGUCCGGUGCCGCGCAGGUCGGUGCGCCUGGCGCGAGUGCGGGCAAGAUGGGCCGCUUUUACGCGAUGAACAAGGGCACCGUGCUCGAGAAGCUGCGCGCCGAUUUCAAUACGAGCACCACCGAGCAUGUGCUCGCGCUGCACCGCGUGCCUGCGAGCACGGACGACAAUGACCCGGCGGCGUGGAUCGAGCUCCUCGCGCGCAUGAAGGAGGCCACACUUGCCUCGAUCGGUCGCCUCGUCGAGCUGCAGGACCGGCUCUCUGUCACCUACGAUGCAACGAGCACAGCGCCGACGUGGUCGCUGUGCACGUCGAUGCUGUACAAGGAGCACCUCGUGCAGACACUCGAGGGCCUCGGCCUCGUGCGCGAGGUGCUCUCGCUGUACGAGCAGAUUGCCGACCAGCUCACACCUGCCGCGUCGUUCCCGCCCGGCGGCACGGACGAGGGCGACGACAGCCUCCUCCUGCUCGGCCCCCUGCGCAAGCCGUACGUGGCGCAGCUUGAGCAGGGCACCAUGAAUCUCUUUGAUUGGCACAGCUACCUCUAUGCUCGCACGGCCAUGCUCCUUGGCACGCUCGGGCAGGUCGUGGCCGUGAUGGAAAAGACGCCCGCGUUUAUUGAUACGGUGACGCAUAUGCUGCGGCCACACACGCACACGCUUCCCCGCGGCUUUCUCGAGACAUGGUCCUUCUCCAUCGCACUCGACGCCGUUGAGCAGUGCCAGGCAUGGCUCGUCGAGGCGCAAGGCGAGCGCGAAGACGAGCUGAUGAUGCGGGCGUUCCACGCAGCCAAGGCCGCGCUUCUGGAGCUGGCCGUACGCCAGAUGGUCCGCAUCGGCGUGUGGACUGCGCACCUCCCUAACGAGGAGCCCUUCUCGUUCUUUGCACCCGCCUCGCACACAUAUGCAGACGGCGCGCGCCUGUCCCGCAAAGAAAUUGUCGAGGCCAUGGCCAGUCGCGACGUCUUCGACUCGCAGUGCCGCAACAUGCUGCAGCGCACUAUUCACGCGGCUACACUCAGUGGGCAGACGCACCGCCUCCUGCGGGCCAAGUACCUGCUCGCAAGCCUCGAGAGCGUGCGUGGCGCGUAUGUGCCGGCGCUAGCCAUUUACACGGAGCUUGCACAGCACCCGGACCUCCCACACACACUUGCCCUGUACGGCCCCGUGCAUGCACAGCGCCUGGCAUGCCUCGCUGCGCUCGAGCCGCAAAGCGCAGCGUGGAGCGAGGGCGUCCAGGCCGCCCUGCACUGCCUCUGCCGCCUCCGGUGCCUGGCACCGCACCGCGCGACGGGCCUCGACGAAAUGGCGCUUCUUCGCGCGCUCGCCGAAUCCGAUACCACGGUGCCCACGACCCUGCUUGGCUACAAUGGGUGCGAGUUCCGUAUCACCCAUGCACGCGCAACGCGCCGCGGCGAUACAGUGCACAUGACCGUGCCGAUCGUAUCGCAUCUGCCCGCCGCCCUCGGCGUCGACGCUGUACACAUGUGGGUUCGCAACUACCGCCAGGACCAGCUGCAGUUCACCUGCCCGCCCAUGACGCUGCAUCCCGGCGCGAAUCGUGUGGAGCUCACAUGCGCGACGCCGCUGCACGGCUACUUUCACGUCCAGGCGACGCAGAUUCAGCUGCCGCACGUGCGCCUCGAGAGCCUCGUGCAGGGCACCGCUUCGCUAUCGAGCUUGUCGGAUGCACAGCAGCUCGAGUACAUGCGCCCGCGACUGUGCCUUCCGGCUGACGGGACAGCGGCGCGAGUGCGCCUCACGGUCCCGCGCGAGGUGCGCCUCGAUGAGCGGCGCACCGUGCGCUUGCACUUGGACAGCGGCGCCCAAGCGCUCAGCGAUGCGCACGUGGCGCUCUUGACGCAGGGCGAGACGCACCUCGUGCCUGCGACCGAGUGGCUCUGUGCUGCGGGGGACGAGCCGCGCUGGACGGCGCCGGCCCCCGACCUUCUGCACAUCGCACACGUGCCGGCACACACAUCGUGGGCGUGGGACGUGCCACUCGCGUCGGUGGCUCGCACGGCGCAGCUGGACGUCCAAGUGACGCUGCGCUACCGCGGCGAGAGCGACUCGCAGGAGCGCCUGUGGCACCGUGCCCUGCCUGUGCCGCUCGCCCUGCCCUUCCACAUCCACAUCCAGGACUUUUUCCGACUCGAGACACUUCUCUCUAAGCUGUCGUUCGAGGCCCUCUCCGAGGCGCCUGUGCGCCUGUGUGCGCCAACCAUCCGUGCUGCGCCUGCGUCGCCCAUUGAAGCGUCGGUGCCGGCGAGCGGCUCGCCGCUAUGGCUCGCUUCGCGCAAGAUGAGCACCUUCCUGGUCCAGUUCACGCGGCGCGCCGGCGAGACGCGCCAUGCGAACCCUCCGUUCGAGCUGUCGAUCGCGUACCGCACCGCACACGACGAGCGAUGCGCGCUUGUGCUCGAGACUCUCGCGCGUGUACUCUCUACGUCUGAGCAGCUGGGCUGGGAAGACGGCGACGAUCUCCUUCUGCAAGAGGCGCUCUGUGAGGCACCGACGCUGGACGACGCAGCAUGGCGCCGUGUCCUGCAGCGCUGGUGCUGGGAUCCUGCGAGCGCGCGCGCGCGCACCGUGCUGGACCUUGUGCACCGCUUGUCCGCGUCGAUGCCGAGCGAAGGGCCCGACGAGACGCUCGAGGCAUGGCCCGCCACCCCGCCCGCGGCACGCGCGGCGUGGGAAGCGAGUCGCGCGCACCUCGCGUGGCGCACGCUCACCCUGCCUGUAGACGUCCCCAUCGUCGACGUCGUGAUUGCUUUGGCAUGGGAUACCCCGCCAGCGACGCAUGUGCUGAUGGGCGCGCCGGUCGCUGUGUCGGUCCAAGUGACAACGUCGUGGGUCUGGGGCCUCGCGUCGUCCGACGCCGGCCUCGUACACCUGCAGUACAAUGUGUUUGUGGACCACGAUACCUGGGACGUAUGGGGCGCCAAGAAGGGCACAUGGGCCCUCGACCCAUCGCAGGGCAUGUGCGCGCGCACCAUCCACGCCACGCUCCUUCCGCUGCGCACGGGUUUCCUACCGUUCCCCCGCGUCCGUAUGGCGCCCGUGGCGCCGACCGCACGCCCCAUCCGCUGCGAGACGUACGUCACACACGCCUCGCCCGGCCUCUAUGUCGUGCCGCCCCCCGGCCCCAAUACCUACUGGGUCGAUCUGCGCGCCCUCGACGCGCCGGACGCGCCGGCCGUAGGCGCCCCAUAG